UCAGAUUUAUAAGUUAACUCGAUCGUAUUGGACUAGUCAGUCAGUGUUGCAUGCUGAAUACCAGUCGGAACAUACCGAUACCCCGUAGGACAGAUGUCGGCCAAAACACUCGCACAGCCUCAAAGACAGGCUACCAUUCUCGAUCCUUCGGACAAGUACCGACCGGAGUCGGUGUACUCGGGUAAAUCGGAGAGCCAGUUCCGGAACUAUGCUGUGGAUUCGGCAGAUCCGGUGAAAGAGCGCGUACGAAAGACCUAUCAAAUGAUGCACACUAAUCAAACGGUAGAAUUCGUCCGAUCCCGCAUGAAAGAAUGGCUGAGUUUCGACAAGUUCAAAAUGGCAAUAAAAGAUGCUCUGACCAAGUUGAACGAUCUGGUAGACGAGAGUGACCCGGACACCAGCUUACCGAACAUCGUGCACGCUUUUCAGACCGCAGAAUCUAUCAGAAAAGACCACCCCGAUCUAGACUGGUUUCAUUUAACCGGACUGAUUCACGACUUGGGCAAGAUAAUGGCGUUCUUCGGAGAACCACAGUGGGCAGUGGUAGGUGACACGUUCCCUGUCGGGUGCGCCUGGGCCGAUUCAAUUGUCUACCGAGAGAGCAGCUUCGAUGACAAUCCUGAUGGCAAGGACUCCCGAUACAACACCAAGUACGGGAUGUACAAGCCAAAGUGUGGCUUAGACAAGCUACUCAUGUCCUGGGGCCACGACGAGUAUCUAUAUCAAGUGAUGGUGCACAAUAAGACGAAACUACCGAAAGAAGCACUAGCUAUGAUCCGUUAUCACUCGUUCUACCCUUGGCACGCGGGUGGCGACUACAUGCACUUCUGCACCGCGGACGACGUUGAGAUGUUGAAGUGGAUCAACGAGUUUAACAAAUACGACCUGUACACGAAAAGCGGCGACGUGCCAGACAUCGAAAAACUGUGGCCCUACUACGAAAAGCUGAUAGAGAAGUACAUGCCAGGCGAGCUGGAAUGGUGAGGUCUCGCUUUCGCAUGCAACGAUUCAACAACUGAUGAUCUCGGCCACACCUGGCUACAUCAUCGAGCAUCGAUCAAAAUCUUUUUCACGAUCUGGGCUACAACAAAAUGGACAACGACGUACUUAUCUUCGCGCAGUGCUAGACGCUGAUCGCGACUUAUCUCCAGUCUGGAAAACGAGAUUCGAAUUGACAAGCGCGGAAGGAAAGCAGUUUGACGUUAGUCGAUCGAGUAACGGGGAAAAACGAUGGGUUGAAAAUUUGACUCAUCGUUAAAACCUGCACGCGAUCUUCCAGAGUGGCAGAGCAGAUAACGAUCGACCUGGCCUUGUGGAAUCGAUUUCAGAGGAAGGAGGAAAACCGAUGACGAAUCAAACGAUACCGCGCUGUCAAUUAGGAACUUGUAAACUCCUUUACCCCUUAGUUUUCUCCACGCUUGACGCGUGCGUCCAGCCGAUCGCUCGGACUUUCAUUUGUUGGAUCGAAUGCCGUGCAUUCGGAACGAAUAAACGGAAGAACGAAGCAUCGUCGCCGCGAGACUCUUCGAACACGUAAUAACUUAUGCAAUCUUUGCCACUAGUCUUCGUUUAUGAAUAAAGAAUUUUUAUCGUA